AAGAAAGUGUGGACAAAAAAGCCAAGUUAUGGUGUCUCCCACCAACGCAGUGUGGGGACAGAGGGUAACACUGACCUGUAGAACCACCUGUCCUCUGAGUGACAACCCCAACCCCACCUACAUCUGGUACAAGAAUGGACAACGUCUAGAUGAACCCACCAUUCAACAAUACUCUGUUUUCAGUUCUUUUACACACAGUUACUCCUGUGCUGUAAAAGGCCACAAGGAUCUGCACUCUCCUGCAGUGUGUGUUCUGGGUAAGACCUGUUUCAACGUGAGUAUCUGUGCCUUGAAGGGGUCAACAGUGGAACUGCCCUGCACAUAUCAACAUCCAAGUUAUCGUGUGGUCUCAGAACCAAACUGGUAUAUCCAAGAGAAAUAUAAUGAGACGCCUAAAAUGCUGAGCUCGGUGCCAGAGUUUGCAGGUCGUGCUGAGUACCUUGGGACUAAAGAGAAAGACUGCACCCUGAGAAUCACAGACCUGAGAGAGAGUGACUCACCUGAGUACUGGUUCACAUUCAAGACUCAGACGCAACUCGAUUGGGAUAAUUUCCUUCAAAGAGAGAUGCGUGUCAGGCUGUCUGUCACAGGUCUGCAGGUGAAGGCGUCUUCUGCCAUGGUGACAGAAGGAAAGGCGGUGAUACUGACCUGUAGAACCACCUGUACUCUGACUGACAACCCCAACCCCACCUACAUCUGGUACAGGAACGGACAACUCGUGAACACCCAAGAUAACUACCUGUUCCUAGACCCAGUCAGCAGAGAGGAUGCAGGCAGCUACUCCUGUAUUGCAAAAGGAUAUGAGAAUCUCCACUCUGCUGACGAGACUCUCACUGUCAUUUGUAAGUAUUUGUAAAUAAAUGACAGUUUUAAACUUCACUUGUACUUUGUGCUCUUGUAUUGAGUUGAGUUCUUUUAAACUCCUAAACUUGAAA